UGGAACGCUGAAACAAAGAAAUGACAUUUUUGAAACAAACCUGCUCUCGUGUGUGUGCCUGUGUUUGAGUGUUUGAGAGACCCAGACCCUGAAAAUGUGUAUGUUUCUCUGUAAUUGCAUGCAUAUGUUUUGUUGCCUAAUGUAUUUCUUGUGCGUUAGUUGUCUAACAUGAAUAAUUAUGUCCUUGCAAAAUGCACGGUUCGUCGGGUUUGCAUGCAGUUGUGUCAAGAUCAUCACCCGCCCCACCGUCUUUCAGCGGGGGUCACAAUCUUUUCCUCUGCCUCCUUCCCUCACAUGCCCUCCUCCGUCCUUUCUCUCCCUUGUGUCUCUGCACGCCUUCCUUUGUGCCUCUGUUUGGGAUGGAUGGACUGUUCAUCCUCUUACCCUCCACCAAGGACUCCCUGAGGGGCCGCCACCUCCACCUGUCCUCGCUGGCGGGCAGCAGAAACAACAUCAAUGAGGAGGGGGCUGGUACUGAACAGGAGGUGGCAGAGGAGUUAAAUGAUAUGGUGAAAGAGGAGGAGGAGGAGGAGGGGGAGGAAGAUGAGGAUGCUCAGAGAGAGACGCGAGAGGAUGAAGGAGGAGGAGGGGAGGCAGAGGAGGGAAGGAAGGAUGAGAAAGAAGAGGUAGGAAACGAGCUGGAAGAUGGAGAGGUGCAGGAUGACGAAGCAGAUGAGAGAAAAAGCAAAGAAGAGGGGGACAAGGUAGACGACGAGCCGGGAGGAAGUAAGGGGUCUAUAGAAAGCAAGAAAGAAGAGGAAGAGGUAGAGAUGGAGGAGGUAGAGGAGGAAUGCUGCGAAGGCGGCGAUGAGGAGAUAGAUGAAGGGGGAGGUGGAGUGUCAGAAAACAUUGAACACAGUGUGAAGAAGGGGAGCAUUGAAAGAAAGGAAAAUGGCAGUGAUGAGGAAAGUUGUGUUGAUAGCCAGCAGGAUGAGACACAAGAGAAAGACGAGAACGUGGAAAGCGAUGAGGCAGUGGAGGGUUUAAUGGAGGAGAAAGAAGAAGUGAAGGAAGAGGUGAUAGCGGAAGAAGAAAAAGACAGUUUGGAGGAAAGUAGCGAUGAAGUUGUAGAGAAAUGCUUCAAAAGUGAUCAAGAUGGAGGGAGUGAGGAAGAGGACAAAAAUGACAAAGACAAGGAUGAGCCUGAGGGAAGCGUUGAUGACGAUGACGGUCACGAGAGUGAGGAAGAGGAGGUGGAGAUGAAUAUUAAAAGAGAGCAAGAGAAGGAGGAGCAGGAGGAGGAGGGUGAGAAUGAUGAGGCUUUGGAGAGAUGCUCCCUUAGCCAGAGGAAAUCAGAGAGUGACGAGGAGGUGUUGGAGAGAUGUGUACAGAGCGAAGGAGGAGAAACAGAGGGGGAGGGACUGGAGGCAGAUGACGAAUCAGAUGCCCGUAAGCCCCAAACUGCACCGGAGAGCGAGGAGGAAGUCGUCGAGGUUUUUGAGACUGGAACGGCUCAAGUCCGACCAGCCGAGCUCAGCACCAGUGACCUUAAAACGCUUGACCAAAAGAGAAAAACUCUUGCUGGCAGGAUGAAGGAUGUGACAAAUAAUUACCCCCUUCCUGCAGAGGAGUCUGAGGCCAGUGAGAACAUAGAGGAAGCUUCAUCCUCUGUAGAUGUCAAGCUGUCGGAGAAGGUUCUGGAUAUCAACGACCUGUCUGGCACUGUCACUCCACUUGAGAGAGACGACAAAGAGGAAACAAAAGAGGAAGAGGGGGCAAAAACAAAGAAGGCAGAAGCUCCCAAGAGGCAUUCGCAGGCUGCUGGCAAAGACAACCCUCCAACUCCGAAAGUUGACCGACUCGUCCUCCACCAGUCCAGCCCUUCGCCCUCCCUCUUUAGCCUCUCCCACUCAGAACAAGACAUCGGGCUCCAUCCAAAAACUGAGUGCCUUGGCCCGUCUCUGGGUCUACAAAGGCCUGAGACCUCCAGAGGUCGGCUGGUCCGUUCCUCCAACACCCAACUUGAGGACGCUGAACCUCCCUUACAAAACCAAGAGAGCCUCCUGGAAGAUGAAACAAGCUGGAGAAAAAGUAAAGACAGAGAGAAGGAAGAAGAGGAGGAGAGGAAGAGGGAGAGGAGGAAGGCUGAUAGAGAGGUGGAGGAGGAGAGGGAGCAUAUGAUGAAGGAGAAGGAGAAAAGAAUGCGUCUCCUCCAGGAGGAGCUGAGGAGGGAAGAGGAGGAGGAGGAGAGGAAGAGGGAGAGGAGGAAGGCUGACAGAGAGGUGGAGGAGGAGAGGGAGCAUAUGAUGAAGGAGAAGGAGAAGAGAAUGCAUCUCCUCCAGGAGGAGCUGAGGAGGGAAGAGGAGGAGGAGGAGAGGAAGCUGAAGGAGGAAAGCGAGGAAAGACUGAGGGCUCUUAGACAGCGCCUGCUGUCUAAGAGGAGAGAGGAGGAGGCCAGGCUGAAUGAGGAGUCUGAUAGGAUGCUGGAGGAGCUCAGAGAGUCUGCUCAGGAGGAGAGGGAAAGGCAGCAGCACAAACUCAGGGAGGAGAGUGAGGUCACGCUGAAGGAGUUACGCAUCACUCUAGAGAAAGAGCGAGAAGCGGAGCGCGACAGACUGGAGGCCCAGAAGAGGCAGGACAGUGAACGUCUGAAGGCGGAGUCAGAAGAAGAGAUGCAGGCGGAGAAGAGGAGACUCCAGGAGGAGAGGGAGGAGAAGCUGAACUCCCUGAGACAUGAGGUUAAAUUUACAGAGAGGAGGAGGGACCUCAUGAGCCCACGACCUGAACAGCAACUAGCGGAGUACCACCGAGAGCUGGCUGAUGUUCUUCAAGAAGUGCGGGAGGAAGUACAGCGUGAUCAUGAGAGGAAGCUGGAGCAGCUGAGGGAGGACCACAGGAGAGAGAUGAACAGCAUCAGAGAGAAAUACCUGGAUGAGGAGACUGACCAGAGGGCGCGCUUGCUUUCUUCUCUGCAGGAGGACAGAGAGCAUCUCCAGGCCUCACAUGCUGUCCAACUGGAGAAACUCCGCUUGCAGCUCAACACGCAGAUACAAAAGACACAGCUGACACACUCACGCAAGGAGUCAGAACUGGAGGAUCUGGCAAAUCAGAUGGAGCUGAGAGCCAAAGAACUGAAGAGUCAGGAGGCCAUGCUUCAGAACAAGGCAGCAGAUCUGAAGAGAAGGAGGAAGAAGCUAGGGGAGGAAGAGGAGGAAGUGGACAGACAGAUCGAGGCCUUACCCCGACUGAUCCAGGAGAGAGACCUGCUGAAGGAGGAGCUGGAGAGGAUGAGAGAGGAGAAACAUCAAGCCAGGGAACUUCUCCAGAGAGCCAGGCAGGACAGGAAUGAGGGCAAGGAAGCGGAGGAGAGGCUGAGGGAGGAGAGAGACAAAGCCAGGGAAGAGUGCAGGAGGGCCAAGGAGAGCAAGGAACGACUGGAGAGCAAGGUGGCGCUGCUGCAGGAGAGAUGUGACCGUCUCAGUCAAAGAGUCAGUGAGCUGGAACAAGGUGAAGGAGGGAGCGCCUGCCCUGUACCAGAAUUUAAACUGGACAAAAAGAAUGCAGAUAAAGCAGAGGCGACUGCGCCCUCCAGUGACAUGAGAGACUCAUCGCUACAUGUAGAAGACCUGGACGACCCGCCACUCUCCCCUGUGCCUGACAGCCAAAGCAGCAUGGAAGAGUUCAGACGCUACAUCUCCUCACAUGGUGCAUCCAUCCAAAAAACCAAAGUCUUCCUGGAGAGAGAAAGCAGCCGGCUGAUGCAGAGACAGGCAGCUCUGCAGGCGGCCCAGACCAGCUCCUCCCAGGACCCCAACCAGGAAGGAGGGGUGACUGAGGAGAUGAUUAGGAACCUCCAACAGGAGGCCAGAAAUGUGGUGGAGCUGCAGCGGACGGUUCAGAGGGGAAACACUCUCCUGAGGAGGAAAGAGGAGCAACUCCAGCAGCUAGAGAGCUCUAUAGCUGAAGAGCCGCUGUAUCAGGAUCUGUCUCGGCUGGGAGGAGAGAGAAAGGUGACCUUUGAUGUGACUGAAUCUGACCUCAGCAGCACUGUGGACCCACCGGACGGGACAGGAGGUCACCCCACAGUCCCGGACAAAGUCCAGGAGUUAGCAGAGUCCCUGCAGCAGAUCUCAGGCCAGCUCAACACCGUGCUGAGUGCAUUGGGUUCACUGGCCCAGAGGCAGAGCACCACACCUUAUACAGCCUUCCCUCCACCUCUGUCUCUGUCUCAGCCUCACUCAUCUCCAGCUCCCAUGUCCGCCACCUCCGCCUCUGCCUCAGUCUUGCCACAGAUGCACACCCUGGGCCCCAGCUCCUCAGCCACACCUCCUCCAGUCAGGCUUUCAGAGCCGUCCUGGAACUGGGCGACCCAAGGCACCUCCGCUGCCACCCCUCUCUUCAGCACCCCCAUCAGCAGUGGGCUGAGGCCGUCUGAGGACCUCAUCAACAGCAGAUUUAGCCAGAUAUUCCCCAGAGCCGCUAUGGACCCACUCACCAUGGGGAUGACCUCCGCAUACUCGUCAUAUACUCCUGCUAGUGAACAUGGUCGUAGCAUGCGGUCUGUGCAGAGGUCAGCGGAGGUAGACGGCCAGAGGCUGCAGGGGCUGAUUGACGGCAACAAGAGGUGGCUGGAGAUGCGCAAGAAAGACACCAGCAUACCUCUGUUCACCCGCUAUCGGGCCCCUACAACAAAGAGCGGCCUGGUCCAGCUGGGCCUGGACGAUAACAACCAGAUCAGAGUCUACCAUUACUGAAGACAUGACAUGCAGUCCAGUCUUGCUGCACUGUGCCCGUCACUGAGGACUUUGGAGCAUUAACGGCUGUGUCAUGUCAGCAUUGCAACGUUUACACACAGGGGCGUCACGUGAGCGCCCCGUGCCCUCUUUGACUCAUUCCUUUUUUGCAGACUUUCAGUGCAAAGGCUUUCAGGUGAAGUCCGACCUCCGCUGCUGUGAUUGGAGAAAGAGGUGACUGCAGAGGACAUGGAAAUUCAGGGAGCAAACAUGUCACAGAGGGACUUAUAUCCUCCAACGUGAGAUACAGCUGUGAGCAACACCAGACUUCUUUGAAAGCACUUCAGUGUCACGUUUACACUUGGGCCAAGGCCGCAUGUUUUAAAUGGUUACAUUUAUUUUAAUGUCAGAUGGGAAAUUCAAGACAAUUAGAGACGCAUCUGAAGAUUUAUUUAUUUCACUUCCUGUACAUGCUUUACUGUAAACAUCCCAGACACCAUCCGACUCAUCUUCGUGUUGUCAACCCAUUUGCUGCUGCAGCCAGGACGUAACACUUAAAAAAAGUUGUGCUUUGCAGGUGCACAGAGGUCAAGUUCAUUUCACGACUUUUGUAUUUGACUCUGCUUUUCUAAGUGACUUGUGUGUGAACAAUUUUUAAAUAAUUUUCUUAGUUUUUGUUGUGUAAGCCCGUCAGAACUGAACCUAAUCCACUUUUAUUUUCCAUAUUCCACAGCAGUGACAGUGAGCCAUUGAUUAGUGUAAACCUCAACACGUGCAGGCAGAGAGACAAAUGUAUUUUGUGCAUACAGUAUAU